GACCACGCCUACGUGAACGCUAUGGCGGCGCAGCAGAAAAAUGAGUUACACAGCCUGUUGUGGAGGAAGGGCUGCGCGCUGCGAUGAGGACUGCUCCCGGCUUUGUUGUUCCGUGUAUUGAGGCGAGUGUCAACGCGUUUUUUCGCGGCGGACGGUGUUACGUGCACGUCAAACGUGCGGCGGGGCUCGAGUAGAGACGAUCGCGCGCGUAAUCGUAUCGCGAACGCGUUGGCUGUGCCGUGUCAUUGACUCAGGACAGUGUGGAGAUUCGUUCGAGGACUCGUUUUUCUGCGGACCGCGAUCCUGUCAGGCACACGUCUCGUGAUCUCGUCGCCCGACGAUCCCGACGAGGCUGCUGAUCGUCCCCGUCAUCGCCACGACGGGACGCAAUCCGCAUACGACUGACACCGCCGACGUAAGAACGCAUAAAUGUUGAUGCUAAGUGCUCUGAGUAGUGUUUCGAAGCUUUAAAUGGGUAUAUAAUAUCACGAUUGCCAUUGGGACACAUUAUCAGGAGAAACAUGAUCACGUCUUCAAGAUGCGUUUAAUGAAAUUCAUUUGUCAGUGAUUGCACGUUUGGUGAGGUCGGAGAGUGAUGCCGGUUCAUCAGAUCAAUGUUAAUCCGCCGGACUGGCAACCACCUUUGUCAAUUGGUCCUUCCAGUAACACUAGCCCCCCUGGUGGAGAAAGUAUACCAGAAUGGACACCACGGGAAUCAGGUUACACUACAGUAGUCACUAUAAUACCAGAUCAUUGUCAUUCGUCCAUAAGCACGUUGUCCUCGACCAACCAUGAUAUCUGCAGGAUCUGUCACUGCGAAGGUGACGAAGGUGCACCUCUAUUAGCGCCCUGCUACUGCAGCGGCAGUCUGCGCUACGUACAUCAAGCUUGUCUUCAGCAAUGGAUAAAGGCGUCGGAUACGCGCGCUUGUGAAUUGUGCAAGUUCACAUUUAUAAUGCAUGCCAAGACAAAACCAUUUUGCGAGUGGGAGAAGCUCGAGAUGUCGGCGCUGGAGGUGCGGAAACUGUGGUGCGCGGUCGCUUUUCACGCGGUGGCCGCGCUCUGCGUGGCGUGGUCGCUGUACGUGCUCGUCGAGCGAUCGGUGGAGGAGGCCCGGCGCGGAUUCGUCGACUGGUCCUUCUGGACCAAGCUGAUAGUCGUCGUGAUCGGUUCCACCGGUGGAUUAGUCUUCAUGUACAUUCAAUGCAAGGCGUACAUCACAUUGUGCAGAAAGUGGCGGGCAUUUAACAGAGUGAUAUUCAUUCAAAAUGCUCCUGAAAAAGUGGUGCUUCCAUCAUCACCCACGGACUCUUUGAGAGAGGUGACUUUGCCGCUGAAGGAUCCGACUGCCUCGAUGGCCGAGCUCAACCGUACUCUGUUACCACGUACGAUAGAUCCUCCAUGUGCCUCGCAGAUGGCGAAGCCCGACUCCGCCGCACCGUCGCAUAGGCACGACGCUCAACUAAAACUUUACGUAUUCGAAAAGUUGUCCUCGUCCGAGGACAAUCUGUAAUACCUCGGAUAGGAAAUCGGGUCGUUGAACGCGAAUUAAGGGAGGUGGUUAGCCAAAAUUUUCAGUUUACAAUACAGGAAAUGCGUUUCUCGGACGGAACUGGAUGAUAUUAGACUGCGACUUUUCGGAACUCGGAACCGGAAGCGUCCUCCAAGUCGAAGUCGUCAAAUAUCCGCCCUCACACAGCACCUUUUUUUUCGAAAACUUAGUACUUCAGUGCUUACAGUGUUGACAGUGUUGGGAUAGAGACGGAAGUGUACAGCUCGAGCUGCUGGCGCUUUCUCAGACAAUUAUGUACAUAAUUAUUGUAUCUGUGAUGUUAUUAAAUAAACUUUACCAUAUUUAAAACAUUA